CCAUUCAAGAGGAAUCCACCAGUCUGUAUAAAGCCAAAACACCUUAUAUAGAUUCUUUCUUCCAACUUUUCAAUGGUCAUGUCUUACUACUUUAUUCUCAAGCCCCGUUCUCUAUUUACGCCACUCCUGACCUAAUCUGUUCCAUAAAUCAGCUCUUCCUCAUUGAUCCUCUGAUACAUGGUAACUAUGAAGAUCCUAACACCACGCUUCUUUGGAAGUUACCUUUUCUUUCUUCUGUUCUUUCGUCUCUUCUGCCAUUCUCAAAAAACCUGCCCAAGCUGUGGCCCCUUUGAAGUUCCUUAUCCUCUCAGUACUAAUCCCAACUGUGGUGACUUAGACUAUGCUCUUCGCUGCGAUUCUCAUUCACAGAAACUCUACUUUGAUGCACUCAAUGGAAGUUCAUAUCCUAUCCUCAAAAUCAAUGCUUCAAGUCAACGUAUGGUGAUCCAACCAUCUCCAUGGGUUCCUGGCUCCUGUGUUACUCAAGACAUGUUGGUUGGUGAAGGACUGUGGUUAAACCAAUCACUCCCUUUUAACAUCACUUCAUCAAAUACAAUUUUCCUCUUGAACUGUUCUCCCCGUUUACUGGUCUCACCGCUCAAUUGCACUCCUUCCAGUCUCUGUCACCACUACUUGGCAAGUUCAGGACGAGUCGAUGGAGAAAGAGCAUUUCAGUGUGCAAGUGUUCUUGACCCUUGUUGUACCUUCAUUCCUGGUGGGAUGCCCUCAGCUUAUAAGAUAAGGCUUCAUAACUCAGGCUGUAGAGCAUUCAGGAGUAUCCUUCAUCUGGAUGUUGGAAAGCCUGCAAAUCAAUGGGAGGAAGGUCUGGAAAUUCAAUGGGCUACUCCACCUGAACCAAUCUGUAGAACUCAAUCUGAUUGCACUGGAGCCUCAGAUUGUCUUCCUACCGGCGGUUCAAACAGCCGUUAUCGUUGCCUUUGCAGAAGGGACUACCAUUGGGAUCAGAAUCUUGGAACAUGCCGGAGAAUGAAUAGGAAGAGCACAGUUAGGCUCAGCAUAAAGCUCUUGGUAUGUCUCGUUUCCUUUUUCAUUCUAGCUGCGGUUAUAGCUCUAAUUACAGUCAGGAAGUCCAGAACUUUCAGUAAACAGGAAAAGCUAUGUAAAGAAAGAGAAGAUAUGUUGAAUCUAAGCCAUGGCGGCAGACCAGCUAGGAUGUUUCAUUUGAAAGAGAUGAAGAAAGCAACAAAUGAAUUUUCGAAAGACAGAGUCCUAGGCAGUGGUGGCUUUGGAGAGGUUUACAAAGGUGAACUUGAAGAUGGGACCGUCGUAGCCGUGAAGUCGGCUAAAAUGGGUAGUCUAAAGAGCACGGAACAAAUACUCAACGAAGUUGGAAUACUAUCUCAAGUAAAUCACAGGAAUCUAGUGAAACUUAUAGGUUGCUGUAUAGAAACUGAGCAACCAUUGAUGAUAUAUGAAUACAUUUCCAAUGGCACCCUCCAUGACCAUUUACAUGGUAAGAUUCCUACUUUCUUGGACUGGAGAAAAAGGCUAAAAAUUGCUUCACAAACUGCUGAAGCAUUAGCUUAUCUGCAUUCAGCUGCAUACCCUCCCAUCUAUCAUAGAGAUGUCAAGUCGACAAAUAUUCUUUUAGAUGAUAACUUCAAUGCCAAAGUCUCAGAUUUUGGACUUUCUAGAUUGGCUUUGCCAGGAAUAAGCCAUGUUUCAACUUGUGCACAGGGUACAUUAGGUUACCUAGACCCAGAAUACUAUCGAAAUUACCAAUUAACGGAUAAAAGUGAUGUGUAUAGUUUUGGAGUUGUCCUGCUUGAGCUUUUAACCUCUCAAAAGGCCAUAGAUUUCACAAGAGAUGAAGAUAGUGUCAAUCUAGCAAUCUUUGUGAUCCAACAAGUGCAAAAUGGUACAUUCAUUGAUGCCAUCGAUAAACAGCUUAUCAGUGACGAUCCGUCCAGCAAUAUACUGAUCAGUGUGAAGCAUUUCUUGGAGCUUGCACUCGCCUGUUUGAGGGAGAGGAAAGUGGAAAGGCCUUGCAUGAAGGAUGUACUCCAGGAACUUGAAUACAUAACUCAGAUAUUGGAGAAUCCGGAAACAGUUGCUGAAGAAUAGAUUUGUUGUGUUAACCUCUUUUACUCUUUGAAUAUUCAUUAUUUAAAAAAAAAAAAAAAAAAAAAAA